AUGAGCAGCAAAUCCCAAACCUCGUCCUCGUCCGCGUCAGAGCACAAGGGCCACGAGUCGGAAUAUGCAGAAGAGGCCAAGAACCCAGAACUCGAUGUUUUGUCACUUUCGCGUGGAGUUAGAGCAAGAAAAGCCGAGUACACGCGCCGAAGAUCUAUUCGAGUCAAAGUCGGCACGUGGAAUGUAGCCGGCAUCUCCGGCACUGAGAAAGACGUCGGCAGGUGGUUUGUUCAAGGAGACGGGGUGUGCGAGAGGUUCUCCGGGACAAACUACGCACGGGAGCCAGAAUCUCAAUCGUCCAGUAAGAAUGACCAGCAGAAAUCAGAUCGCGCCAAAAAAGGAACAUUUCACUACAGCCCCGAAGAGAUAGACCUCUACGUCUUGGGCUUGCAAGAAGUGGUUGAUAUUUCGUCCCCAACGGAAGCUCUCCGACCAUAUGUCGACUUGGCGCCAUCCAAGCGGUGGAAGGAGGCAGUCCAAAAGGCGCUACCGGGAGGAUAUGAGCUUGUUUCCGAAGUCCAGCUGGUCGGUCUGUUGCUUCUGAUAUAUGCGUCACCCGCCAUUGGAGACAGUAUUUCCUCUAUUAGUAGUACCUCUGUUGGUACAGGUCUGAUGGGGUACAUGGGAAACAAGGGCGGAGUAGCAACGCGCCUUGUCCUGGGCGAAACGACCCGUUUGGUCUUUAUCAACUGUCAUCUCGCAGCAGGGUCUGACAAAGGCAGUUUAGAGCGACGCAAUUGGGAUUCUUCUCAGAUUGUUCAACGUGCUAAAUUUGACUCAGUCUGGUCCGAGGAUGACGAGUCGGGCGAAUCAGGUGAAGCAAUUGGAGAUGAAGAUUUCACUUUCUGGUUUGGUGACCUUAAUUACCGCCUUGAUGAUAUCUCCGGCGACGAUGUGCGCCAAGUCCUCGCUCGGCAUACAGCCAAUGAGUACGACAGAGAGCGCCAAGAAAGGCAGUCGUCAAGCCAUUCUGAGGACUCUACAACCGAUUUUGGUGAUGAGUCGCCUUCUUCCUCUCCCCCCGAAGAAGAAGAAACAGGGCUAGCGACCGAUCCUGUCACCGACGAAGAGAUCGAUCCUCAUAAUGAUCCUGCAUCUCUUCAAACGACAAUUUCCUCACUCCUCCCACAUGAUCAACUCGGACUUCAACGAAGAAAAGGAGCAGCUUUCCACAAGGGCUGGCGAGAAGGCCACAUCACAUUCUUGCCGACGUACAAAUACGACGUUGGGAGUGUGGCCAUGUUUGAUUCGAGCGAGAAGCAACGGGGUCCCAGCUGGUGUGAUCGGAUUCUGUUUCGCACCCGCCGGGACAAGCUGAGACAUGAGAAGCUCGACGAGGAAGCGGAGGUGGCACGAAAGAGGGACGAGGAGAUGAAGGCAAGCGGGCUGGACAAGGCUGUUGCCGAUGAUAACGUCUUGUUUGAAUAUGACCCUGACGCAGACGGUGCAAACAGUGAGGAGUAUAUAUCAGACGAGGAUCAAGUCGAUGAUGACGCAGUUACAAUUGCAUCAUUGGACUCUGCCUCCGAUUCAAUUCGCUUGGACCAUUAUGUGUCUCAUCAAGGCAUUCUUUCGUCGGACCACAAGCCCCUGGGUGCCAUCUUUACCUUGAGUUUUGACGCGGUCAAUCGCGAUCUCAAAGCAAAAGUCCACCAAGAAGUGGCCCGGGAAUUGGACAAGGCUGAGAAUGAAGCUCGGCCCGAUCUUACUGUUGUGGUGGACAAAUAUGGCGACCAAAAGCAUUCAGACCAGGAACCUGGCGCUAUCGAAUUCGGCGAUAUUGCCUUUGAUGUGCCAGCUCAUCGGUCCCUAACUAUCGCCAACACCAGCAGCACUAUAGCCACUUUUUCGUUUGCGGAGAGGCAUAAUGUUGACGACGAGGCCAUUUCACAAAAACUCUCGUGGCUUGUCAUGCAUAUCUCCAAGUCUGCAGAAACCACCCAUGACACUGGCCCAGCGAUAGUUUCUUCGUCUGAGAGCCACACACUGCUCCCCGGGGAAGUAGCGAACGUCGACGUCACGGCUAACGUUCGUAGCAUUGAACAUGUUCGACUGCUAAACGUCGGAAAGGUCAAAUUAGAGGACAUACUGGUCCUACAUGUUGAUGGUGGCCGUGACCACUUUGUCUCUGUUCACGGCCGUUGGCUACCCACCUGCUUCGGUUGCAGUAUUGACGAAUUGACCCGUAUGCCAGAAGCAGGUGCUCGAAGCUUGGCCGAAUCAGACACCCCUCACCCAUCCAGCACAGAUAGUUCCGCGGAAAUUCGCUUGUCCGCACCUCGCGAGCUUUUCCGCUUGACCGAGGCGAUAUCCGAGUUGACAGAGCGUGCUGUUGCAGAAUGGAGCAUGACGAAUGGUGAAACUGAUGAGCAUAAAGCCCCAUGGGCAACAGAUCUCUCUGGGGGAGCAUGGCCUUUCCAGCCUGAUACAUGGACUCUAAAGGACCCGCAGGCGCGUGCUGCACUGCAAACUUCCGUGCGCGAAGCCCUUGACACCAACACGCCUCUUGGCUCAAUCUUUGCCCCUGAAUUAUCCGCUCUGCAUCGGUUAGAGGUCCUAUCUGAAACCCUUCUCACUUUCCUCAAUGCCCUCAAAGAUGGCAUCGUCACCGCGAAAGUAUGGCAAGACAUGGAGCAGCAGAUAAUCGCGCGCGAGAAAAACAAAUUACCCCCUCGCAACUGGGAAGAAACCCAGGCCUGGGUGCUUGAGCACUUGGCAUACUCACCAGCACACAGCGUAUCAUUCACGUUUGUCACUUUCAUGCUCGCCCGCAUUGCCAACGAAGUGGCCCCGGUGACUUCCUCUGCACCGAUGGUCCCAUUAUCCAGUCAAGGAAAACACGGCAAGUCCAAAGAGCCAGCAGUUAAGCAGCCUGAACCCGAAAGUCCGGAUCAAGCUCAAUCUCCUACUCCAGCUUCCGCUACUGCCUUCAUAACCAGCGGCAGUUUCCGUCGCAAGAACCGCUCCACAAACACAUCCAUUAGCACGAACCCUGACCCCACGAGUCAGAACCCUUCGGUAGCACGCCGACAAGCAGUCGAGACUGCUCUAGCAUCUAUAUUUUCGCUCGUCCUUAUUUCUGCCUCUGCUCCACUGCCGACUAAAGAGAAAGAGCGCCGUAUAUCCGAAGAGCGGAGGCGAUCAAUCAUUGAACCAUUCUUAAAGAUGAUCGCGGUGGAUGAUCGAGGUCCAUCUGGGGGUCGAUCCUGA